AUGACACGGAACCGUGCAGACACGGCCGCCCCGCAACUCAUGGUGCGCAACCAGUCUGGCCCUACUCCGGCCUCUACACCGUCCGCGUCGAGUAUGGGCAACCAAGGCACCCAGACAGACACCUCUUCUGCCACUAAGCACCUGCCGUCGAUACGCUUUAUCCCCCAUCAGGACCCGCGAGCCGCGAGACCGUCGCUGCAGUUCGCUACCAUCACCCGCACGCUCCCCGACGAGACGGCCAUCAUUCGCGUUGGGCGAUAUUCGGAGAGGGACAACAUACCAGAGGUGCCUCCCAACGUACCUUCGGCGGCGGCGGUGGGUUUCAAGUCGAAGGUGGUCAGCCGGAAGCACUGCGAGUUGUGGUGCAAGGAUGGGAACUGGUACAUCAAGGACGUGAAGAGUUCGUCAGGGACGUUCUUGAAUCACAUCCGCUUGAGCCAGCCGAAUUCAGAGUCGAAGCCCUUCCGGCUCAAGGAUGGCGACAUAAUCCAGCUGGGCAUCGAUUUCCGGGGGGGCGAAGAGAUGAUUUUUAGAUGUGUGAAGAUUAGAAUCGAGUGCAACCGGGGAUGGCAGCAGGCGUUAAAUACGUUCAACAAACAAACGCAUCAACGACUGCGGAACCUAGGCAAGGCUAAGAAGGAGGGUGACAACGCGUCCACCCAUACAUCCGAGUGCUCUAUCUGCCUCAUGUCUAUUGCGCCCUGUCAAUCGCUGUUCGUAGCACCCUGUUCGCACGUGUGGCAUUACAAAUGCAUACGCCCCAUCCUCAACGGACCGACCUGGCCAAACUUCCUGUGCCCGAACUGUAGAGCAGUGGCCGACUUGGAGGCGGACGUGGAAGAUCCUGCCGAGUUUGAAGAAUGGGACGACGAUGUCGCACAAGCACUUGGUGAAUCGAACCCUAACGGAGAGGGCUCGCAAGAAGACCGCCACGUCACACCUCGGGCUUCCUCGAACCAGUUGGGCACGCUGCCGGAUGCGACCACACAGCUCAACAGCCAGAUCAGUUUCGCUGACCUAGAAGCCGCCAUCUCCAACAUAAACAUCUCGGAUUCUCUUAAUGGCAUUGCAAAUCAAUCUGUUGGUGGCCCGGCAACUCCGCGGCGGAAUAUGACUCCCGUUGCAUCGUCGUCGGUCACGCAGCGGGUAGCAAUCAACAUCACGGGAGCUAACGAAGUGUCCGGUUUAUCGCCCAUGUUUCCCACGGGAGUGGAUGGUCGUCUCAGUCCUGAUCGCAACACCGACUGUCCCAUGACUCCACGAAACGACGCUGGUCCGUUUGUGCUUGACGGUAGCGGCAGCGCUGGGCGAGCGGCUGGCAAUCGGCUGAGGGAAGGGGAAUCGCCGGGCUCUGGGUCCACCAACGCACCUAGCCUACCGCCCCUAAAUAUGGACUAA